AUGCCGGACCCUACAGCCACACAGGCCACGUAUGAUGGCAGUUGCCACUGCGGACAAGUCGCAUUUACUAUGAAGCUCUCGCCACCCAUAGAGGAGCAAACCUUGAAGACAUGCAACUGUUCAAUUUGUAGCAUCAAUGGCUAUGUUUUGGUUUACGCUCAGCAGUCCAAUGUAGCUUUCCACGACAGCGAAAAUGACGCUCGCAAGGAGUACCGAUUCGGAACCAUGAACUUCCCGCACGGCUUUUGCUCGAAUUGCGGGUCGAGCAUGUAUGCUCGCGCGGAUGGCGGAAAAUAUGGUGAUAUUAUUGCUAUCAAUGCACGGACUCUGAAGGGAAUUGAUAUCAGCACCCUCAAGAUUGAGCAAGUUGAUGGGAAGAAUGUCGAACUCUCCUAG